AUGCCGGACGCCGCACCGCCCUCUGAUGUGCCCACCGCACCGCCGCCGUGGACGCUGACAGCCGAGAGCUGGCUGUUUCCCUUCUGGACCUCGAGCUCGACGAAGCGGCAGCAUCAGGCCGCAAAGCGACAGACGGCACAGGAGAGCGACGGCGCCGAGGUAGCGCGGCAGCUCGGCCUUCCGCCCGGCUCGUUUCACCCGCUCGAGGCGCUCGCCAGCGCCCACGUCGCAAAGGACCACGGCGAGUUCAAGGGCGGGCUGGGAGCCUGGAUCCUCUACCGUUACACCGACUCGCCCGCGGGGCCUUAUGACGAGCUCAUCUACGUGGCCGGCUUCUUCAAGAGCCCCGACGGCAAAAAGUCGACGCCGCGCAUCACCAACAUCUACGUCAGCACGCGAGCCAGCGUCUGGAACGGAAGGAGGAACUGGAACAUCCCCAAGCACGUAGCAGAGUUCAGCUGGAGCCACCCGGUGCAUUCGGACGAGGCUGGCGUGCAGACCGUCUCUGUGCGACACCCUGCCGGCUCCCCGCUGCGAAAGGCGGGCGGCAGCGGCAGCGGCGACGACGACGACGACGCGCCCUUCUUUUCGGCGUCGUUGCAGCCUUCGCGCCUCCCCUCGGUGCCGGUCAAUACCAACCUGGCCAUCUUCCCCGCUCUGCCGCUGCUGCAGCCGCCGCUGUCGGAUUGCAGCGGCCCCUACGGCGGCGAUGGCGACGACGCCGACCGGAGGAAGCUCGUCGAGGCAGCGGUGGCGUCGCCGUCCGAGGGCGUCUGGAGGAGCACGGCGCCGACGUUCCGAGGCGGAGCGUCGAUGGCGUAUGCCAAGCCGCUGCUCAGCGGAGGCCGGUACGGCGACGAGCGCGGCUUCCCUGCUGCCACUCGGACCUGGUCGACCGGCAUCAGGUUCCGAAAGGUUAUCGUGUCGUUUCCGGAGCCGGUAGAGGCGAGAUUCUGA